CAAAAAUAAUAUUUCCAGGUCCUCGCUCAAUGUCUUGUCACAGUGUGAGGAGGCGAUACGAUCCAAUUACAUUCAGAAUCACACGAAUACAAUGAUUGCGGUAACACAUGACCAGCCACAUAGAAUGAACAGUUUGCACCCGGAAAUACCCAGCGAGAUCAUCAUCGAUCGAGUGCUGCUGCGACAACAGAGUCAAACCGAGGAGGAAACCGACUUGCGGUUGCGGUUGCCGUUGCCGGUUGCCACCCACCAAGACGACGAGGCACCACCGGACACCCUCGGUGCCGUCGACGGUGCGGCCCCGAAGAAGCGCUCCUCUCGCUGCGCAGGCCUUCUACGAAAGGUGCAGAAAACGGCGGCGGGCAUCGCUUCGUUCCGGCGGCGGUCCGCGUCGUCCUCGCAGACGAAAAUGACGGCGACAACGACACCGACAGCGACCAGCCACGACUCGAACACCGCCUCGACCGGCACCGAUACGGACAGCGACGACAGCGAAAGCACCCCGCUGCUGGCCUCGGAUUGCGAGGACGAUUCCUCCCUUCUCCGGGAGCAGCGGGCCCACGAGGACCUCCGGUACCGCGUCGAACACUAUUUCCUGUCGCCCUUCUUGUGAUCGAAGCGAAUCCAACCCAACCAAGCCAUCGAGCGGCAGAACGGAGGGGCACGACGACGGCUAGAGCGACGGCCUUGCGACGCAGAGACGAAUCGGAUCCGUGCCGCGCGAUCCGUUGGGAUUGCGCGGAAGGCCUCUUGCCCAAAACACUUGUGUGUCACCCAGUUGUACAUGAUAGAGAACCAAACCAUGCUGUAUUCAUAGACGAGAUUCAAGUUCAUAGCUAUUGUGUGCUAUGAUUUAAUUAAAUUUCAUUUAAACUAUUCCAAACAAUACAGCUUCGCCUUUCGUGCCCAUCGCACUUCUCUAGCGUUGCCGGUCAAUUCUACGAUCGGACGCACAAAUUGUUUGGCGUAGGCACUAAGUUUAGUUGUUUCGUUAGCAAGUGAGAACCGUCAUGCUAUUUUGGAAUGUUCGAAUCGAAUUCAAAACCGCAAGGGCAAUCGUUUCCCUCACUGUCAAAUCUGUGUCUUUCUCAAAUAAAAAUACGAGUGUCAACGCCGCGUUUGGCGCCCACAAAGCCAUUCACUAAGAUUUACAGAACACCAACGUAUACACUCGCACGCCAAUCGAAAGCACGUAUUGCGUGAGCAUUUUUUUCUCCAGUGCUGGUGGCUUAAAAUUGGGAGGCCUGCUGGAGCUGCCUCUUGAAGUCUCCGACCUGUGCAAUCUUGGUGGCCGGUCCAUUGGUCGACCGGAACUGAUUGAAGUCCCACCUUGUGUUUUUGCGAAUGGUGUCCAGUCGGCUGGGUUGGCCCGUGCGCUCGUCGAUUUCCACGACACGCUCCCGCUGGGCCUUCAAGAAAUUGUCAAAGUAGUGCUUGUAGGACUCGUCGUUGGAGACCACCCCCAGCAGGUUGUCCAGGGUGUACUUGGUAAAGGGCACGGAUUCGUCCAUGGCGUCCAAGUCUUCGGGGCACAUGGCGGCGACCAGCUGGCAAAUAAGAUGAAAUCCCUUCGAAUACGGAAGGGCCGCGCCUUGGUCCUUGUACACCUCGCGGGCUUCGUCGCCAAAAUCGUCGGAUUCGCUGCAAAAAGCGGCGAUCUGUUUGUGACGAAUCAAGGAGAGAAAAAAAGCAACGGGGAAUAACCAGUCGAAAAAAUU